AUAGGUUAUAUGUUUGUAUGAUGUUCUGUUCGAAUAAAUAAUUGCGCUACCCCUUCUGCCCAUUUCCUUUGUUGGUUAAGCAGCACUGGGUCCCAAGAAUGAAGGCGUCAGUGAAGUCACGUAUUUCAAAUACCAGAUGGGCCGCAUCGCGUAAUAAUCUGAUUUGCUGUACUAACUUUUCCUUUCUUUCCUCCUGAUGAGUGCCAAUUUCAAAGCCUGGUCUUCAGGUCGAUCUUUCAAGCACUCCCAUCUCGUGUUCUCUAGAAUCAUGAUUUAUGAUCCAAUCAUCAGUCUGAACAAUCUACCAGUAUCUAUUCGCCUCACUUGUGAUAUUCUGUCGCUUGCUUUUGUGUUGUCAAUAUCUUCUUUAUUGUCAACUCACUGGCCUUGUAAUACAGUCACUCUUCGGCCCGCCCAUAACGAUAUGAAUGAUUUUACGGCGAGGGUGUACACACCGUCCCGCCGAGAGAACGCUCCACGCACUGAUGGCAUCCUGCAGCAAAGCUUUCUCAGUGCCGACAACAAGCGUGCUCGUUCGCCCCCAACACGAACCUCUACGUCGAAUAAUCGUCCUUCACCUAACUCACAGAUGAGAUCUAGCCUUAGUCGUAUACGAGGAAGUAGCUCUACGAAGAGACAACACAAGCAAGAGCACCCUGCGACGUCUGACGACAAGUUGCGCAACAAUAUUCGGUCUUUCAACCACUACUUCCUGGAACUUGCUAGGCUAGAGAGCCUAACUGCCGCUGGCUCAACACAGCUUGCGUUCAAUCGUCAUUAUGUUUUCUUGUUUGAAGAGUGCGCAAAGAGCAAAAGGGCGUUUAUAUCGACACUAGCGCCAAGCUAGUAGGAUGGAUUAUGUUGGUUUUGAGUGAAAUCUGGGGAAGUUCUCAGGGAGUAUGUCUGAA